CUGGUUAUAGUACCGUCCGACACGAUACACUGUAAUUUAUAAAGAAAAUGCGCUUCAAAGUUUCUUUUCUCUGUGUGUUUAUUUUGUAUCUAUGUGAUCGAAUGACUGCGGUGGUACUAAAAAAUAACUGCAGCGACUGCAUCGGGUUCAAAUCAUGUACGGCUGCUAUGGUAGCCAUAGAUUUGCAGCUGGUCGCCCUAGAAAUGAGUGGCUUCUGCGGGGUAGACGAUGGUAGGCAACGGAAGGUAUGCUGCGCUAAGGUGACAUCUGGCUUGGAAACCGCUUUGGCCAAUUCUAUUCAUUACCAUCAGAACGUUCUUCUAUUACCGGAUAACUGUGGAAUAGGGGAGGAAGACGGUUAUGCAGACAGAGUUGCAGGCGGGGUCCCGGUACUUGGCCUGUUCGAGUAUCCAUGGAUGGUCUUCAUAUCUUAUAAAACACCGGAUGGCAUCCAGUUCCUGUGUGCCGGUAGCCUCCUCAAUGAUCGUUACGUGUUGACCGCGGCCCACUGUCUCUCAGGGCUGGAAGUGGUCGGAGUGAGGAUACGAGUUUAUGACACGGACUGCCAGGGAGAUUUCGGAUGUGAAGCUAGUUCACAGGAUAUACUCAUAGAAGAAGCAAUUAUUCACCCAGGACAUGAUCGUAAACCGGUUAUAAGGAAUGACAUCGGACUCUUGAGGCUGAAAAAUCCUGUAGAUCUAUUAUUCAACAACGCUGGCACAGUUUGCCUGCCAGUAACCCGGUCCAUGAGACGCCGCAAUGUAGUGGACCAGCCAGCUACCGUCGCCCACAGGCAGCAAUCGGAGAAAAGCUACGAAUCCGCCACACUGCUAUAUGUCAACGUGUCAAUAUACACUGCUCAGCACUGCCAGGAGCAAUAUAACAGAAACAGACAACACGGCGCAGAAGACGACAUGCAGAACAAGAUCUGCUCCGAUUCCAGUAGCAAAGGUUCCUGCCGAGGGUUCUCUGGAGCGCCCCUAAUGGUGUGGGACAGGUUUGGGGACCGCAACCGAUUUAUCCAGUAUGGUAUCGUGUCGUAUGGCCCGAAUCGGUGCGGGACCCUGUAUCCUGAGGUCUACACUGACGUCACCAAGUACAUGGCAUGGGUUUUGAACUCGAUAAAAGCGUAGUAAGAGAAGAAGGCAAAUUAUUUUAUUUAGAUAGAUGAUUUUUUGUUAAUGUGUAAUAAAUUGUGUUUGUAAAUGGUCUUGUCUUUGUACGGUUCUGAAAAUGUGUAAUUUUGGAUCGAAUCCAUGAUCCAUGGAGAAUUGAAUGAAUGAAUAUUUUUAUUUCAUGUAACCAUGACACAUAUCGUCACUACUUUUAAAAAAACUUGUAUCUUCGUCUGUCAAUGAAAAGAAAAUUGUAAUGAGUAUGUAUGGAAUGCAUAUAGAUUUACUGCGUUUUAACUUUGAGGACAGCGUGAUCGAGAUACGAGAUUUUUAAAAAGUAGUGACGAUAUAUUAUUAGUAGGACUUGCAAACUAAGGGGUUAGUGCAUACAAUCUUAAAUUUAAAACAACACUCAUUGGGGAAUGCAAUCCCUCGCAGUGCGCUAAAUAGGGACAGUCAACCCUGUCUGCUAUCAUUUGUAGGAUGCUGUUGGGGCUGACGCGCACCCUGCGCACCAGGGAUGCUGCACGCGCACGCAUGGUAGUAUAGAAACAGUCUACAGUCUACAAUUGCAUUGGGUUCUUCAGAAUUGUAGAGGUAUUGUUUCCAAUGGAACGUAAUAAUUAUACAUGAUGUUGAUGUAAGUAUGAAGUGGGACUCAUUUUGCUUGCAACACUUGCGCUGAAUAUACAUUACCACCCUUUGCCAAUUCCUAAGGUGUUGAAAGAAAACGAAACUGUGACAUUACAGUGACAGAUUGCCAGUCUCUCGCCUACUCCAUUAACCCAUAUCCAACAGUCGACUUCUAUGACACCCACGGGAAGAAAGGAAGUUGAAUAAAAGCUUGUAAAUAAAACA